UAGAGAUUGUGUAGGCCAUUUGAUAGAAAUUUAAAUACGAUUGCGUAGAGGAGAGCUUGUAGAAGAAGAAGAAGAAGCAGUUCUUCUCUUUCCCUUUCCCCCUGGGCUUUUAUCCGUGGCGUGUUUUCACAGCUAUUCCGAGGAACAGUCCCACAAGGAUUGGAUAUGGCUACUGACUCGAUGCGUGACCAUAGUGGUCUUUCUCUCUCUCUCCUUUUCUACUGCGAGACUCGAGAAGAACAAAUCUAAGUGUGUCUUCAACUAGGCCUCGCUCAGUUUCUCCUCGACAAGAAGUAGAUUUGAGUCAUGGAAUCACUCGAUCGAUCUCUCUAUUGUUGGAGCAGCAGCAGCAGCAGCAUUUAGAAGCUACAAAAGGAAGGACGAACAACAGAAAAAAGCAAAACGAGGAAUUCUUUGCAGCGGGCAAUUUGGCCGAUUCCACAGGUGCCUAGAGACGCAAUUUCACCGAUCGCUGGACGUCUCAUCCAUGGUUCCUACCUCCAAAGAUCACUUCAAAGUUUGAGCGCGUUUUUCUUUCCUUUCCUUUUCUCUCUCUCCUUUUUUUUACUGCUCUUUCUUCUUUCUUUUCCUUCUGUGUGUGUGUGUGUGUGUGUGUUUUUUUUUUCGGGUAAAGAAAAUAAUAUAAUCUCUACCCAAUGGAGCCUUCUGCCGCUGCUGCUGCUGCUGCUGCUGCGGAUCGUGGUCUCGGUAGCAGCAUUACUACUACUGCGACUACCACUUCUUCUACAGUAGACGCGCGCUCCUCCAAGGCCGCCAAUGAGAGCCGCUUGAUCUUUCACCAUGACCAUCAGCAGCAGCUCCAUCACCACCACCACCACCACCAUCUCCAUCAGCAGCAACAGCAGCAAACACAGCAAUCCCAGCAGCAGCAACAGCAGCAGCAGCAAAGCCUGAUGAGGUACCAUUCUGCUCCUGGAUCUUUGCUUUGCAGCCUCAUGGAUCCUGGUCCCCUCCAGCAGCAGCAGCAGCAGCAGCAGCAGCAACAGCAGAUCACUCACCACCAAGUCAUCCCCCACCAGCAUCUAGACAUGAACAGCAUCAACAUCAAUAUGAGCAUCACCAACGAGAUUUUCAGCCUGGAUGGAGCUGGAGCUGGAGCUGGAGGAGCUGGAGGAACUGGCAAUGGCUCCCGGGAUCAAGGCGGAGCGGGAGGAGGAGCUGGGGUUUCUAGCAGCAAUGGUAGCAUGCAAAGCGUGGCCUUGGCGAGGAUGGGAUCAGGCAUCGACAGCGCCGGGCAGCAGCAGUAUGAUCAUCAGGACUCGUAUGAGGCUCACCACUCCUCCGCGCAGCAGCAGGCCGCGGGAGGGAUGAUCCCACUCGCGUUUCGCGUCCACCACCACCAAGAACAGGCGCACGAAUUGGAGAGGAGCCGCGGAGGCAGCAAUUUGAACCUUCCCUCGUCCUCCUCGGCCGUGAUAGGCAGCGGCGGCGGCGGAGGAGGCGGCGGGGCUAGAGGCGGCGGGUCCUCGGCGUCGCCGGGCGGAUCAUCGCUCCACCACCACCACUUCAUGCCUCUGAUCGAUCACCACGCGUUCGACCCCGCGGCCGCGGCAGCAGCACUGGCGAGUCAUGGAUUCGAUGCGCAGCGAGCGGCAGCGAUGAUUCAUCCGCAGGACCUCGACGACGAUCCCACCGCCGCCAGCACCAAUCCAUUGUUCGCCGCCGCCGCCGCCGAGUGUGGCGGGCUCGCGCUGGUGAAGCAAAAGAGCUCCCCCGCCGAUCUCCUCUCCAAGCUUGUCGAGGGAAUGGCCAGCCGGGGCGGCGGCGGAGAGAGUAGCAACAUUUCCAGUCCCAGCGAUCACCACCACCACCACCAUCACCACCACCACUCCGCCCACCACGCCGCUGCCGCUGCCGCCGCCGCGAGCUUGGUCAUCCCCGCGUUGUUGCAACCGCUGGCGCGAUCCAGCAGCGACAGCCUCUCGGCGUCCAGAAUUCCUGGCGUUAACGUGGAGCUCGGCGGCGGAGGAGGAGGAGAUGGGAGCUGGGAUGGCGGCGGUGGUGGCGGCGGAGGUGGCGGCGGCGGCGGGGCCUUGAUCAUGAGCAUGCACGAUCAGGUGGCCUCGAGCAGGAAGCGGCUUCGAGAAUCGGAUCAGGUGGUGGAGCAGCAGCAGCAGCAAUUCGCCGAGGAGAUUGGCUACUGCGACGAGGAUCAGUGCGGCUUGGAGCACCAGGCGCUGGUGCUCUCGCGGCACCUCAGCCUGCGGAAGGAGCUGCAGGAUUCGGUGCCCUGCAAGCUGCGAGCCCGGCGGGGAUGCGCCACUCAUCCCCGCAGCGUCGCAGAGCGAGUUCGCAGGACCAAGAUCAGCGAGGGAAUCAAGCGGCUGCAUGAUCUCGUCCCAAACAUGGACAAGCAAACCAACACAGCAGACAUGCUCAACCAUGCAAUGGAAUACAUGAAGCAGCUCAAGGAGAAAAUUGAACAGAUGAAAGAGGAGAUGCAAGGAGAAAUGCCAAGGACUGUGCAGCGAAGAGUAGAACAAACACAGCCAAAUUUUAAGACAAACUUUGGUCCUAGCCAUUCUUUUGUUGCAAAUAUUAGAAGAAAAGAUGGCAUACAUAUAAUAUAUAUAUAUACUAUGAGCGGACAUAUAUGAUCCGUCCAGGUAAGUAUAGGCACAUAACACAAAAUAUAUACUAUCAAUCAACUUUUAGAAAAGGAAAAGCUUCCACCUUAGAAUCCCAUCGAUCUCUCAAAUCUCCUCCCAUCCUAGCAUUUUAUUCCGCUUACAGCCGUUGUCCACCUCCUCUCUUCAUCCCCCCAAAAAAAGCACGAUGAUCCAUCCAAUGGAACUUCAGAACUUUAGCUAGCAUAAAUUUGAUCUUCCAAAAAGCCUGCUCUGUCUGGUUCCUCUUUCUUUCCUCUUUUCCCCUCAUCCUCAUUUCUCUCUGUGUGGCAUUAGAAGAAAGAAAGAUGCCAACAGAA